ACUGAAAUCGAAGAGAUUGGUUCCUUUUCAAUUUCAUCUUCUAAAUUCAAUUGGAAGAUCAAAAACUUUUCAGAAUUUACAACAAUGUAUACAUACAGUGAUGUUUUCACUGCUGGUAGUUUUAAAUGGAGAGCAUGUAUCUAUCCAAAGGGAAUGGGGAAAGUGUAUGAUCACUUAUCACUCUACCUAGUCCCAGUUGAUCUGACCAAAUCGGUGAACACGGAGUAUUGCUUUGCCAUUACUAGUCAGACGGAUCGCAACAACAAAGUGAGAAAGGAACAAAAACAGAAAUUUCUUGAAGAGACUACUAGAGGGUGGGGCUGGACAUCAUUCAUGCCUCUAAGUGAACUCCAUGAUCCGAGUAAAGGCUAUAUUGUGGAUGAUACUUGUGUUAUCUCAAUUGAGGUUACUUGUUGGACAAUGAAAGAGGAGGACUCAUCAGAUGAUGGAGUAAAAGAGAGUGGAGAUCCACACAAGGUUCCAGAGGCGAAGCGUAGCAAAACCAUAGAGAACAGUCAGUAGAGGAAUAGAGGAUGAUUUGGAAAGUAAAUACUCUCACGAAAUACUUCAAUGGAAAUGUAUCUCGAAAUAGGUGAAUAUUUAGUGAUCAAAGAAAUGUUGUAGAAAGUUAUUUCAGUA